AUGAAGAUUCUGUACUAUACGAACGGGGAAACCUACAAACUGGGGCCUAAGAGCAAACGGCUAAAACUAGUGAACGAACCUCCAACCCGAGGCAUUGCCUCCAUUCGUCUGGAGAAGACAGAGUCCUCGGACUCCGGCAAAUACAUCUGCGACAUAAACAACCCGCCGGACUUUGCCGGAACGUCCGAAAUAUUUGUCAAUUUGAUCGUUCAAGUCCCACCAUCCACUCCACAGUGCACAGUGUCAGGCAAACCCCACGUGGGGAACAACAUCACAUUGUCCUGCCGGUCAACGGAAGGCCGUCCAUCUCCAGUCUACGUGUGGUCAGAAGUCAAUCCCAGCCCUGGGACAUCCGCAGCUACUAACGUAAAGAAAGACAACAGUAAAGGCACGCUGACCCUUCGCAACCUGACGGAGGGAAACUCUGGCACCUAUCGCUGUGUGGCGUCCAACAUCCUGGGGCAAGACUUGUGUCAUGUGGUGCUGACAGUCACGUAUAACAAUGAGCUGGGGGUGAUUGUGGGAGCAGUGUUUGGCACCAGCAUUGCAUUAAUUCUCAUUGGGGCCGUCGCUUACUGCCUACUUCACCGGAGGGCAGACCAUCCCAAGCCUGUGUUCGUUGGAAAUGAAUUGAGAGAGGAUGCCUUGGCCCCGGGGAAAGACCCCAACUCUCAACUACUAGAAUCUUCCAUCGCCCUGAGGCCUGGGGUUAGCCACAGCACGGACUCAAAGUACAACAUUGUGGUGUGA